UCAUAUAGUUUCACAUGAUGUACAUAGUUCCAACCUACAAGUGACUAUAUCAACGGCAGGAGAGUCCUCUCGUAGGUAUAAGAUAAAAACCAUUUUUUUAAUAAAUUAUUUUUCUACGAUCAUGAAUUUUAUUAAAAUCUCAGAAGAAUAGUAUAUCUGAAAGUUUGAAAAACUUUACAAUCUCUAUCAAUAAGAAUAUGUAGAAGUAAGUUUUUCAAUCAUACUUCUAAUAUCACUUUUUAAACUAGAAAAAACUAUUCUCAAUUAAUAAAUAAUUCAUCUAAUAUACACUAGUAGAAAAUUCAAAACAUAAAACUUUUCUAAAAUUAUACUAGAAGAAAUAACUUAUAUUUUGAUUAAAUCAACUUCUUUAAUUUGUUAUUUUUAGUCAUUAUUAAAUCUAUUAUCGAGUGGACAUUCUUCAUCAGGAAAAACUGAUAAAUCUUCAACAAAUUUAGCACGUGAUUCGUUUUCUGGUAAUAGAAGAAGACCAUCAAUACUUAGUCGAUCAUCAAGUGUAGACAAUCCAAAAAUAUCAAAUUUUAAUGAUGGAUCUCGAAAUAAGAAAAGACCAUGUAUGUGGAAUUUAGAUUUUAGUCCAUAUAAUUCAUCUUUAAUAAGAAUUAAAUGUUUUUAUCGAUACUUACCGGUUUAUGGUGUUGGACUUGAUCCACAAACAAAACUUACAGAAGUCAACUAUUCAUGUUUCUGA